AAAGCAGCCUCUGGAGGGCUCCGCAGUUUCUGACGGCUGCUUUCCAAUAAACCCACUCCCCGCCUCUACGCCCCCCCCACCCUGCAGGCACAGAGGGCAGGGCAGCAGCGCGUCGCCUUCGUGGGCACAGCGGGACCCGCCCGAUGCCCUUGGCACCGAGGCACUCAGGGCUCAGGGCUGGCAGUGCCAGACGGUCGGCGCCGGCUGCGCCACGCCUCGGAGCGCCGCUCUGCGGCCGGGAGGCGAGGAUAACCCGACGCUCCUCCGAGGGUCGCUCCAAACCAAAGGGCCCGGUUCACCCGGUGAGGGCGGGCAGAGCGCCUGCGGGUUGGGGCAGAGGCGACCGAGCCGCAGAACGAGGGCCGAAGCUGUCGCCCCAUUCGGACCUUCGGAAGGGUUUCUGCGGGAAACCGCGCCCUGCGGAGAAGAGGGGACCCGUGCGCCAUCCACGAACAAAAGCUGAGGCAAGGCGGGAGCAAGGAACUAGGUGGGUGUACAAAAUGGAUACAUCCUGUUUAAAACGAAUGUGCCAAAUGCCACAAAGCCACCAUCUAAUCGGCAGAUUAGAAAGAUCUUGUCUGAGAAAUACUGGGUUAGAGACCAUGAUGCAACCCACAUCGCUACGCAGCUCGCCCUGUGUUUUUAGGAAGGAGAGAAGGAGGAGCCAUUGGGAAGGGCAUGAGGGGGCUUCAGAGUACUGGCAAAGUUUUCUACCUGGAAGACAGUUACAUGGAAGAUGUCUACUUGCUGGAAAGUAGGUCCUCUCUAUCGUAACUAUAGCAGGAAGAACAAAAGUCAUUCAUUCACAUCUGCAGCACAUCUGCCAGGCACCGUGAAGACUGUUGUGGAUAUUUGAGAUGUGAGGACCCGGAAGGAUUUCUAAUCCAGUGAUUCGCAAUAAAAAAUUUUCCUCCAUCCAGGGUGUUUACUUAGUGUCAGCCAUAUUGCCCCAGUCUACCGUAUGUGACAGCUUGCUUUGGCAUUCUGCUGGCCUCGUACCUCCUGGCCUUACCUCCCUCCCUUUGCUGACACGAACCUUCUGCAACCAUCAAACUAAACUUGACUCUGCUUUCCCCACAGAUGCCCAGUUCUUGCCUUCUUCUCCUUCUGUGAUGAUUCUCUCUCUCUCUUUUUUUUUUCUACCCGGGGUUCACCACCUCUCACUCCACCACCCUCCCCAAAUGCUUCUUAUCCAGUUUAAAUGCAGACUCUCUCCACAGACUGUUAGUAGACUUUGCCCACAUACCACAAUCAGAAAUUCUGUCCCCUCCCCGGGGGCUCUGGGGAUGCCUUAACACCUCUCAGGACAUCGGAUACAUUUUAUCAGCAAUGUGAUUAUUUUGUCCUAACUGUACCAACCUUUCUUGACUGGGAAAUUUCUAAGGGAAAGUUUUUAGUCCAUUCAUCUUUUCGUACCCCAGGAUUGUACUGUAUUGUAUUAAAGCAAUGUAUUGAAGCAAUGCCUGAAUAAAGAAUUUUCCUUGAACACAAUUCCUCUGUAUAUGAAAGGCAACCCUAUGAUUCAAAAGGAAAUUAUGCCAGAUAUUUGGAAAGAAAUGUCAUUUACCUCAGAUCAGUCUCAGAGAGGGACAACUAUUUUCUAGAAUGUUGUGAUAGUCCCCAAAUGACAGGUGCCACAAUUGGAAUUUUCAGUCUUUUUAAUGAAAUGAAUCUAUUUUUUCCAGAAUUGCAGUGGUUUUCUGUUAUCCAAGCCUUAUACUUAGAGCUGUUGUUUUUCCAUUCUCUCAGCCUCCAUUAGUCUCUCCAAGUUUGGGCCCUCAUCACCUCUGUCCUGCAUUUUUGCAAUAGCUUCACAAAUGGGCUCUCUGACUUCUCUGUCUCUCUCAUUCUCUCCCUCAACUACUAAUUACCUUCCUCCAGACUCCAAAGCCAUCUUUCUAAAAUAUGUCACUGAAGAGGGAAUAGACCACAGUGAUUAAGAGCUUCCGCAGUCGACCGUACUCAGGUUUGUACCUCCCUUUGGCCAUUUACCAGCUGUGUGGCUUUGGACAAAUUACUUAACUUCUUUUAAGUCUUAUUUUCCUCUCCCAUAUUAUUCAAGAAAACAACUCUACUGUCUCAUAGCAUUGUUGUGAAAACUUCUUAUGUAAAAUGUCCAAGUAACAUGCCUGGCAUAAUAUUUCCUAAAUAUUAUCAUUUAAUGCCACUCCUUUGCUUUAGAAGAAAAAGAAGAAGAGGAGGAUGAAG